CCAUAAUUGCUCCAAAAGACACUGAUUUGCAAUCGGAACGAAGAAAAAGUAAGAAUCCCAAUAGCUUGUAGAAGGCACAUAAAAAAAAUACGAACGAAUAAAUCCUUUGCGAUCCGGUCCUUUCGUUAUCGUUAAUGCCACCAUGACAGUCCCCACUUCAAUAGCGCUUUUGCUCCUCGUGGUGGCACCAUUCGCUAGUGGGUGGUUGAUGAAGAGUUUCCGCGGAUCAACGAAGAUUACGCCAUUGGUUUCGGAGAAGGAGAAAUCACUCGGUCGAUGUUUUUCUUCUGCUGUCCUAUCCUCGUCAAAUCUUUUCGCUUACACCGCCGAAGACGACGAGGAUGAAAUAAUUGAAUACCUGGAUGAAGACGACGACGAGAGCACUUUCGAAUAUGAACCAGAAGCGGCUAGGAUGAAAAAAGGAGAGUGGAUGGAUCAACUUCAAAGAUUGGCUCAAACGUCAUCGAAUGACCCAUCGGCCGUCACCGUGGCCCAAGAAAUUUUCGACGAAAUGUUUACGACCUACGCAGAAACCGAUGACGCCAUAUUCUUUCCUACCGUUGAUGUGUAUAACCUAAUAUUGGAAACUCAUGCGUACUCCAAAUCACCCGACGGUGGGGAAGAAGCCGAAAAGAUUCUCGACCGAAUGGAAGAUAAAUCGAAUGCUUUUGUUGCACCACCCAACGAAGAGACUUAUCUCUGUGUCAUGGACGCAUGGGCUAUGAGGGAACGACCGGAUAAGGCCCAACAAAUAUUGGAGAGACAAGAUACGCCGACCAAAAGUUCUUACAACAAAUUGAUCAAAGCUUACGGUAUUGCCGGAGAUCCCGAUCAGGCCGAGACUGUAUUUCGGUCCCUUCUUUCGGACAAAAUGGCCAACCAUAAAUCUUGGGUGCAACUCAUGAAAGCGCGAGCUGCUUCAGAAGGAAAAAGCAGUUAUGAAACCGUCAGGUCUCUGUUUGUAGAAAUGGAAGAAGAAGGGUUUAAGCCCCAAACAAGUGCAUAUAAUGUGCUCAUUCGGUCGGUCGGGAGAAGAAAUGAUGGUCCAAAAGAGGCAGAAGCCAUUUUGUUCGAGAUGAUCGAACGAUUCCGAAUGGGGGAUGACCAAGUGAAACCGAAUUCGGAUACGUUUCGUGCUGUCUUGAUGGCAUACAACGGGCGAGGCAGAAAGUUCACUGUUGCAUCCAUCGCUUCCAAAGUUGAGCAAAUAAUGCAAAUUCGUGAGGGAAUACUGACACGAGCAGAGUCUGGUGAAGAUGAACGAACCUACCGGUUAGCCUUGGGGAUUGUUGGGCGAUCCAAGGAUUCCAAAAAAGCAGAACGAACGAAUCGAAUUCUUCACAAGUACAACAAAGAAUCGCUAUACCUCAAUUAUUUGGUGCUCAAGGCAUGUGCUUAUACCGAAGGAGAUUCCAAAGAGAAGUUUGAGGCUUUCCAGGUUGCAUUAGCAGUACUAAAGGGUGUAAGAUCAUCAGCAGAACUUAUGGUUGAUAGCUCGAUUUUGGGAAUGUUCAUUAAGGCAUGUAAUAAUCUGAUGCCAUCGGGCCCAAAGAGAGAUGAUAUCGUGCAGAAGAUAUUUCAAGAAAGCUGCACGCGAGGGCUUGUAAAUGAUUUUGUACUCAAUGAAUUUAGACUAGCAAGUCCAGAAUCACUCCAGCUAGAUGUUCUUGGCAAACCUGGCAUUGAUGGUGUCAGCAUUCCGGAGAAGUGGAGUGAGAAUGUUCCGCUGCAGAGAAAUGUUUGAAGGCCUUUUAAACAAAAAAUUCUUUGUAUGCAGAACACUAUCGUGAGAUAUUGGUUCAUUUUCGGUAUUCUAAAACUCUGAAAUUUGAUGUCAAUUAGAAAGGACUCAAUCCUGAACUAAAAAUUUGGGCACCAGACCAGUAUUUUGCAGUCUUUAUAAAAGUUAAGAAUACUG